AUGGCUAUCACCCACGAAAAUCCGAAAAUCGAAGCUUAUGUCGAAUGCGACAGAGCACACCUACAGGAGUUUGACGAGGACGAUGGCGAGACAACCACCACUGUCACCAAAUAUAUCGAAGCGAAAUCUGCCGCAGAAUUUGCAGUUCAAGUCGAAGUCCAUCGGCCAUUCCCUCGUUACGCUAUGAUCUUCAAGCUCUACAUAGACGGCAACUCCGUUCGUUCGCGCAUCAUUGGUGAUCGCCAAUACCAGAGAGUGAGAGGGAGCGUGAAGCGAGAGUUCAACACUACUGUUACAAAGAUUGUAGACGGACAACGCACAUUGCGAAAGUUUUGCUUUUCCGAGCUUCAGAUUGAAGAUUCAUAUGAUUAUGAUCUAGGAGACGCGCUCAUUAAGGGCCUAAAAUCGAUCGGUCUCAUUACCGUGAAAGCGUACUACAUUGAAAAUCUCCGAGACGUGCGCUCCAACAACAGAUAUGUCAACAAGAAGCAAAUUGGUGUCGGUCCAAUCCCGGAGAAGGUGUUGAAAGGACAGGCUUUCACACACUACGCAGAGCUAGGCACGGAAGUCAAAGAGCCCCAGAUAUACUCGAGCCAUACAGAAUUUGAUUAUGUCGAUCAGCAGAGACUGCCCUUUGCCACUUGGAACUUCAAAUACCGCUCGAGAGCUGCCCUUCAGUCACUACUCGUCAUCCCACGGAGCCUGUCUCCUCAACUCAUUCAAGCCAAAGACAACGAGACGCAUGUGGUCAACGCAUCAGAUUCGAAACAAGACAGUCUCCUGACAAAAUUAAAGAAAGAAUCAGGCCUCAAACGCGAGUACCCGGCUAUUCUUGGAGGUAGCGAGGACGACGAUGAGGUAUCAUUCGUAUCUUCAGCAAAGCGCCCACGACCCAACAUCACCAUUAACGAGAGUGGACGCGAGAUUAUCGAUCUUACGUAGGGCAUAAUUGGGUACCGUGGCAUGAUGAUGGUGGUCCCAGGGCACUGCUUUCAUACAUCC